GCCGGCGGCUCCGCUCCGGGCUCGGGCACGGUCCCCGCCGCUGCUCCCGCCGGGCUCCGCCUCAGCGCCGAGAGCUGCGCCCUUUGCAAACUGGUUUGCAGCUGUUUUCUGGGAGAAGCCCUGCUGGAGUUAGUGGCACUACCUGUUGCAGCAGUGUUGCUGAUAAACAAUCCUGUAAUCCUCUGAGUCAUAACAAAUGAAAUAAGAGCGAGCAUUUUAUAAAUGCAGGGAGAUAAGAGGAGAGGAAUUGUGUAUCCUUUCAGCAGCCUUCUGUUAAACUUGGAAUACCACAGCUCAAGCACGUGAACAGAUGGAUAAUGGAGACUGGGGAUAUAUGAUGACUGAUCCAGUCACGCUAAAUGUGGGUGGACACAUGUAUACGACCUCCCUCACAACUCUAACGAGAUAUCCUGACUCAAUGCUCGGGGCCAUGUUCAGGGGAGACUUCCCCACUGCCAGGGACUCUCAGGGCAAUUACUUUAUUGACAGAGAUGGACCACUUUUCCGUUAUGUUCUUAACUUUUUAAGGACCUCAGAGCUCACUUUGCCACUGGACUUCAAGGAGUUUGACCUGCUCCGGAAGGAAGCAGACUUCUAUCAGAUUGAGCCCUUGAUUCAGUGUCUCAAUGACCCCAAGCCGCUGUAUCCUGUGGAUACCUUUGAGGAGGUGGUGGAGCUGUCCAGCACCCGCAAGCUUUCCAAGUACUCCAACCCGGUGGCUGUGAUCAUCACGCAGCUCACCAUCACCACCAAGGUCCAUGCACUGCUGGAGGGCAUUUCAAACCACUUCACCAAGUGGAACAAGCACAUGAUGGACACCAGGGACUGCCAGGUGUCCUUCACCUUUGGGCCGUGUGAUUACCACCAGGAAGUGUCGCUGCGAGUGCAUCUCAUGGAGUACAUCACCAAGCAAGGCUUCACCAUCAGGAACACCAGGGUCCACCACAUGAGCGAGCGUGCCAAUGAAAACACAGUGGAGCAUAACUGGACUUUCUGCAGACUGGCACGGAAAACAGAUGACUGAUUCUGACUCCACAGGAGCCACUUCAGUGAUUAGCAACUUCAUUGGACAGUGAACCCAAGAGAGUCUGGAUUUUGACUAAAGCAACAAUAUGGGCUUUUUUUAUACGACUAUUUAUUGUUUAUCACUGAGGACUGGAGGAGUUUCAUUCUCUAGCAGCUCUGUUCUUUUGUCCAGUUCAGAAAAAAAAACCGUGCAUGUGCCUGUUCAGUCAAGACACCUUUUUGUUUGAAAGAGGGAGUCCGAAGAAUCAGUACAAUAGGGUAUUUUGUGUCAUUAACACAAUUCUCUGACUCGACUCAAAGUGCUAAAAUUACCUCUUGUUUAAAUGGUUUCUAAUCCAUCUAAUGCUAUGACACUGGGAGCAAGAAACAAAAAAGAUUUUAAAAUGCAGUUGGGAAGAAGCUGCUAUUGUGUAGACUAAUUUAGGUUCUAAAUCAAUAAACAGUAUUGUAAUAUUCUAGGAAAACAAAUCCCACCCUUUAAAAGUACUUGAUAAGUACAGUUUCUUACAGUUAUGACAACUGUUUCUUUCUAUGCAUAUAAAUCAAGCAACCAAAUAUUAUCUGUAGCCAUGGAAAUAUGAUUACAAAUAUUUAUAUUGGAUUCUAAAUGCAAAAUGUCCCUGUGGUAGAAUUCAUAUUUUUAAUGCCUGGUGCAAUAUUAUUCCCAAGUGUAAUGCCUGCCAGAACAAGCUAAUAAAAAUGUGAAAUACAGAA